UAUAUGUGUUACUGGGAAUCCACGCUCCACCAACACUCGGUUCAUAUGUACAUUUAAUUUUGCCAGUAUAUAUCGGGGCCCAGCCCAAGUGUUGUCACUACAUGUAAUACAAAUAUCAAGAUGAGUACACUCCGGACCCUACUCAGGCCUAAUUCAUACAGCGGGGUUUCCAAAAUGUAGUUGGACAUCUUCGUCAAGAAGGAUUUAUAUAAAAGCCUGUCGUCUAUUUGGAUAGUUGGACAUCUUCGUCAAGGUGGAUUUAUGUAAAAGUUUGUCUACCAAGAUAAAGGACAUAUUUGAGAUGAUUUUCAGUUCACUCUGUAGUUUUUGGUUUAGCAAACGUGGUGACUUCCGCUUGUUAGUCAUUGCAAAUCAUAGCAAUUCAUGUCUAUAAAAAUAAUAUCCCUGUACAAAGUCGAAUAACAAACAACUGAGGCAUUUGCGGCAUUCAUCCUACUGGUACUUAUGUAGAUCUUCUGUCCAGCCAUGACAAUUAAUGUGAAGAUAGUGUUACAAAACGGCUUGAUUACAAUCAUCGUAUCCUCACUCCUCUUUGGUAUGCUUCUGUUAACAGAAACUUAUAAAACCGUUACUUCGUCAAGGUUUAUCUCACCACAACCAAAUUAUAAAAAUCAUAACAAGAGCGGAUUUCAGAAACGUCCAACACCACCAGUUAAUGCAACGAGCAUUUCAAAUUCAUCAAAGGAUUUUAAAAUUAUUUUAUAUUGGAUUCCUAGAUCUUCUGGUUUUAACUACUUCGGGUUGAAAAGAUAUCACCCCUCAUUUGAGGAUUUGAAGUGUCCCGUGGGUAACUGUAAGGUGACGGAGGAUAAGAGUGCAGCCUAUGAUGCCGAUGCCAUUAUUUUCAUGGGUAAAGCGUUAGGUAGAAAACCAGAAAAACGGAACCCGAAAACAAGGUGGAUAUGGACCAAUCACGAGAGUCCAUGUCACUCGUACUUAAACAGUGAUUGGACGUUUAACUGGACGAUGACUUACAGGAUGGACAGCGACAUCUACAGUCCAUACGGAUUCCCCCUCCUUGAGAAAAACCACAAGGAAACCAGGGAAAGGGAUUUUCUAUCAGUUGCCAGAAGCAAAACUAAAUUAGCGGCCUGGGCAGUCAGCAAUUGUAAUUGUCGAAGUCGACGUAUGGAAUACGUAAAGGAAUUACAGAAAUAUAUGAGCGUGGACAUUUAUGGGCGUUGCGGGACAUUCAAAUGUGGACGGGACAGGGAAGCUAAAUGUAACGAUAUGUUUAACAAAACUUACAAAUUUGAUCUUUCUUUUGAAAAUAGUUUUGCCACGGAUUAUAUCACAGAAAAAUUAUAUAAAAUCCUCCCAUUGGACGUUAUCCCGGUCACACGUUCAGGUGCCAACUACACGCGUCUUGGCAUCUCUCCGUCCUGGCACAUAGACACACACGACUUUAAGUCUCCCAAAGAGCUGGCACACAGACUGAAAGAACUUGAUAAAGACGACGUUGCAUAUGCCAAGUUGUUGCAAUCAAAGGCUGGAAUUCAAGUUUCGUCUUGGAUUCGUGGUUAUUGUGAUAUUUGUGCCAAGCUUCACUCUCCAACGGAACCAGUGAAAUCCUACAGCGCCCAGGAUAUACGUAGUUGGUACGGUACAUGCAAACCCCCUGAUGAUCUGCGGUUUAUGACACGAAUACUUAAUUACUGGAGUACGAUCCUUUGAGAUCCUCUGACUUUAGUACACUGCACCAGUCUGCGACGUAAGCCACUGUUCCCCCGCCCGCGGCCUGGAAAAUUUUGUUUGGAACAGUACAUGUAUUUUAGAAAGUGUGAAUUAAUAGUGUCCAACUUGGCCAUUAGAUUUUUCAGUAUUUUUUCAAAAGAGCUUUCUUUUAGAUUUAAUGUUUUCUGAAAUGUAA